GAGUUCCGGUGUAAUCCUUCGUGUGCAGAAGUUGCUAGUCACAGGAGCCACAAUGGCGUUUGUAGUCUCCUGCGGCUAGGGCUGUGGAUGUUAUUAAAUCCAUUAGCAUCGCCCUAAAUAUAGGCCUGGUUGAUUUCCAGAGCCAUUGAUAGUAAACUGGAACAUCUAUUGCACACGAAAAAACUAUGAUUUCGUAUCAAUAUUGAAUUUAAAGGGGGAUAAAGCUUACAUUAAAGGGAAUAUGUAAACAGCACCAACCGGGUCAAGUUUUCAUUUUGUUCGAGAGAUGAGCGUCUUUUAAAGUGAAGACAUUUGCUAAUUUGUGAACGCUAAGACCGUAAUUCUGUGGAAUAAAAUCAUCUUUUCCCUAACUUGGCACCGGACAAGGACAGCUUUGACAAAGGAGACUUUUUUUUCUUUUUCCACGGCUCACCUCGCUAGCUGGCCCAGCGUUAGCUAGCUGUGCUAGCUAAGUUGAGACGGCAAGACGACAGCACAAUGCUCCAACGUUUGGAACACUUGAGAAUUUGUACUUGAAUCGGCGGUUAAUGAGUUGCUUCGACCGCCAAGGCCUAGCCGUGGGAGAGGUGGUACCGACGCCGGCUUGAGGGAUGCCUGGUUCGGACCGACGCCAUGGGACCAAGAGGAAGCCGGAAUCAAUCAUCGGCGGCUUGGCUCACGCCGCCCUCCAAACAGCUGCGGGAGACAUGACCAGCAAAGACGGCAAGUUGCACUGCAAAUCUUUGAUGGCCUCGUCAAAGCGUAGGCGACAUAAGUCGGCUAAAGUUCGGGAAUCGCCGGUGGUACCGCCGACGAUUCCCGAAUAUAUAUCCCUGGGCCACACGGCGCCUCCUAGCGUCCUGAUGAAGCCCCUGGUGGAGUAUGACGAUAUUAGCUCGGACUCUGACACAUUCUUAGACCCACCGGGCACCAGAUUGCCUGAGAGGGUUGUGGUGAUGGAGCGCCUCGAGCCAUCACCCGAAUUCAUCAGGGAAGAGCCCAUCCGCGAGAGUAAGAGCCACAGACACUCCCGGAAAAAGUCCAAGGACCCCAACAAAGUUCGGGACCCUGGUAAUGGGGCACGGGGCUACAAGAAGAAGAGCAGCAAGGACCGUGAAAAAAGCGCUUCCGGCAUGGGCAAGGAGAAAUUGCUAUCAUCUGGACCAUCCAAGCGUCACAUCCAGCAGGAGCUUGACUUUAAUAAAAGAGGAGAUCCCAUGUUCUCCCAGAUGCACACCAUGGUUAGCAUAGGUAGUACCUCUGCGUCUUCAUCACGUAGCAAGGAAAGCGGCCGCUCUGGCAAGUCACGUAAGGACAAGCAGCAGAGGCGAGAGGCGCGGCUGGAAGGCGCUCACAGCGACUCUCAGAAGGUACGCGGAGAAAGGAGCCACCGCAAGUCCUCCAAGAGCAACAAGUCCAGCCCCAAAGGCAAGUCGAGUCGAGGUAGCCCUCGCAGGAAAGCUGCCAGUGCUGCUUUGUCACCAAGUCCCAGGAGGGGAGAGAGCCCACUUGGUGCCCCAAUGUUGGACGACGGCUACUCGAGGCGCAAGGCCACCCAGCAGUGCCCGAGUCCCUACGGGGACAUGAGCCGGCGCAGCAGGCAGAGAUCGGACAGCCCCUACGGCAGUAGGCACAGGUCGUCCAGCUUUGAGCGGGACAGCAGUCCCUACUCUAGAAGGCGCUCCAUCAGUCCCUACGCUGCACGACGCUCUUCCAGCACCAGCCCCAGCCCCAUGUCUCGACGCUCCGGCCGUUCCAGAAGUCGAUCCCCUCUGUUCUUCUCCUCUCAUCGCUCUUCGUCCCGUUCCCGCAGCAAGCGGCAUGGCCCCUCAGCAGGGGCCUUGGGUGCCGGCUCCUACAGCAGCCGGCCUGCCAGCCGCUCACCCCCUGCCACUCGCCUGCCGCUCAACUCCAGCCUGGGCGCCGAGCUCAGCCGCAGGAAGAAGGAGCGCCAGGCUGCUGAGGCGGCGGCGGCUCGUGCCUGCGGUAGCGGCGCCGCAUCCCCCGCCACACAGAAACCCAUAGCCCCCUCAGCCUCUUCUUCUUCCUCUUCCUCACGACCUAAAGCGGAGGAGCCGCAACAGGAAAAAGACUCCGGAGAAAAGGAAUCUCAGUCACUGCCUUCGGUGCAGUCACCACAGGAAGCACCAAUGUUGGAAGAACCAGCGGCUGACCCUUUACCUUCGGCUUCCACCACCUUCUCUCCAGCUGCUCCCCCUGAACCAUCACCCACCGAGGCUCCCGGUUUAACCUCCUCAACUCCACCGCCUCCACCACCACCCAAGCCCCAGCAGGUCGACGCUAAAGUUCUGCCUCCGGCGCCCUCUGCCCCAGCCAAAUCGCCCGCUCCCGUCCCCGCGCGGAGUCCCGCCCGACAGACACCGCUCCACAAGACUUCCACUUUGCCGCCCCUGCCUUUGCCCCCUUUGUUGCUGGGAAACUCUCAACACAGCCCAAAGAAGUCCACUUAUCCUCAGCGAGGAUCCAGAAAGGAGAAGGAAACCCGCAGCCGGCCGUCAAUCAUUGACCUCCCGCUGCCGCCCACCCUGCCUGGCGGUGACUCUUCACCCCUCCAUUUGGCCUCCCAUCAGGGAUUGUCGCUCACCCUGCCCGCCCUUAAAAAGAGACCAAAGAUUUGUUGCCCUCGCUACGGCGAGCGCAAACACACCAAGAGUGACUGGGGCAAGCGAUGCGUCGAUAAGUUUGACAUCAUCGGCAUCAUCGGAGAGGGCACCUACGGCCAGGUGUACAAGGCCAAGGACAAAGACACGGGCGAGCUGGUGGCCCUGAAGAAAGUCCGCCUGGAUAACGAGAAGGAGGGCUUUCCCAUCACGGCCAUCCGGGAGAUCAAGAUCUUGCGGCAGCUCAAACACUGCAGUGUCGUCAAUAUGAAGGAGAUCGUCACCGACAAGCAGGAUGCUCUUGACUUUAAAAAGGACAAAGGAGCGUUUUACCUGGUCUUUGAGUACAUGGACCACGACCUCAUGGGUCUGCUCGAGUCGGGCAUGGUCCAAUUCUCCCAUGAGCACAUCCGCAGCUUCAUGCGCCAGCUGAUGGAGGGUCUGGACUACUGCCACAAGAACAAUUUCUUGCACCGCGACAUCAAGUGCUCCAACAUAUUGCUCAACAACAGAGGGCAGAUUAAACUGGCUGACUUUGGUUUGGCUCGCCUUUAUAAUUCAGAAGAGAGUCGGCCUUACACGAACAAAGUCAUCACACUGUGGUAUCGCCCACCUGAGCUGCUGCUGGGCGAGGAGAGGUAUUCUCCGGCCAUCGAUGUGUGGAGUUGUGGGUGCAUUCUAGGAGAGCUGUUCACCAAGAAGCCCAUCUUUCAAGCCAAUCAGGAGCUACUGCAGCUGGAACUCAUCAGUCGGCUGUGUGGCUCCCCCUGUCCUGCAGCCUGGCCUGAUGUUAUCAAGCUGCCCCUCUUCAACACCAUGAAGCCCAAGAAGCAGUACAGACGGCGACUGCGAGAGGAAUUUGCUUUCUUGCCCACCUCUGCCCUUGACCUGCUGGACCAAAUGCUGACCCUGGACCCUUCACGCCGGUGCACUUCAGAAGGGGCACUCAACAGCGACUUCCUGUGUGAUGUGGACCCCAACAACAUGCCGCCACCAGAUCUUCCUCAUCAUCAAGACUGCCACGAGCUAUGGAGCAAGAAACGGCGGCGUGCGCGUCAGAGCGGGCUGCCCGAGGACGUCCCCAAAGCACCCCGGAAGGACAUUUCAGGCACCUCGAGCGGAGAUAACAGUCGUCCACAAACCAGUCCGGCUGGAGCGCCGGCACCCCCGCCGCCGCCUCCUCCUCCUCCUCCUCCUGCGCAGGGGAAGCCACCCUCGGCUGCGGCUCAGGACAACGAUUUGUCAGCAUUGGGAGCUGCCGCCGAGCAACUGAACCAGACAGAGAUGACCCUGCUGCUCAACCUCCUCCAAGGCCAGACGGACCUCUCCCUUCAGCAGGUCUCCCAACUCCUUAACCUGUCCAACGCAGAGACGCUCAGCCAGUCGUUGUCGGCGCUCAGCGAGGCCUCCGACCAUCACCAGGGUGGCGCGUCGGCCUCAGAGCCGCCCGAGUUGUCCCCGGCCUCCGGAGAUGCGGCGCAACUCCCAGAGGAGCAGGCUAACCUGCUGGCGCUCAUCCUGGGCCACAUCAUGAAGCCGCAAGGCGAGGAACAGGCCGACGAGAGCAGCAACGGCGUCCAGUCGGGGGAGGCUCUAACGCGCGCUACGUCUGCUUCCACUACUGAGCGCAAGGAUGUGUCCAAAAGGAACCCGUUAAGCACCUGCCCUGCGCUCCCACGUGGCGACCAGCGUCCACCCUCUCCACCCGGACUGCCCCCUGCUCCCAGCUCCCCCUGCCUGAGCCAGGACAUCAGCACAUCAGAAAUGGCAGCGGCUCUCCUCCAACUCAUCUCGGACGUGGGGGCCUCUUCGGACGCAGAGGGUAUGUCACCCAACACGGAGGGCUCAGCCAAGGCUCCGCCGCCCGCAGCGGAGGCCCCGACCACUCUUAGUGAUUCUUCUAACGCAGCACAGUUCCUCAAGGAUCAGGACCUCCGGUUUUCCCAUGGAACUACCAACUGAUCCCCUACUUCAGCUCACCCAGGCCCCGGAGCACUACCCCCCCCCCAACCCCCCAGUUCCAUAACUGAGAGAGAACACACAUGAAGUGAAUGUUAAAAUCAUCUUGGGGGAAAGGGACUGCUGAUAUCAUAUGAUGGAAGUGUUUUGGUUCUGCUCAGUUCCUCGAUUUAUUUUAAAAAGUGAUUGUUACGCAGGUUUUGCAUUUGUCUGCCACUGGAAAUGGGGCAAAGUCCUUCGGCAAAGACCGCUUCGCUUAGCUCCCUCAUCUUCCGCCUGAAAGCUGAAUGGUGCUAACUGCAAGGCUGGAUGCUUUUUUUUUUUGUUUGGUUUUUUUCUGAUGCUGCUAUGUACUUUCCAUCAAUUAAAAAAAAAAGUAAAAUCGGUUUUGUGAGAAGCCUUAUUAAGAUUGCACAUAGCGCUCAUCCUCUGCUCUUUAAAACACAAAAUAAGUCGAUCAGCAACAAGCAUUCCUGCUUGGUGAAGUAUGAAGUUUAGUGAUAAAACAGACUUUAAGUGCUUUUCCUGGAGGACAUCAAGAAGCCACUCUUUGCCUCCCUGUGUGUGAGUGUGCAAAAAUGUUUUUUCUUUUUUUUUUUUGUGCAGUUAUUUUCUAAAUAAAGAAAAUAAUACGUUUGAAGAAAAUUAUUCUAAUAAUGGUCCACGGUUCUCUUCAAAUGAGCACAUGUGUCUAAGGGGAAAGCAAAUAUUUUGUAAUAUAUGUUUUGUUUGAGUUUAUUAAAGGAAGUCAUGCGAACA